AAUCAGAGACAAAUUUGAGUACACGCCUCUUCCCUUACAAGCAAACUCUUCGCUUUGAUCAGAAGAGAUAGAAAUUUCAACUUGCAGUGCGAAACUUAAGCUUACAAUUGAAAGGAGUGGAAAGCCCAGUGGUUUGGGUCUUUACCCUUUGCAACUCCGUGACUAUGGCGAUGCCCGAUGCCGAUGCCAAUCACCUUAUGGUUUGCCUUUGUUUUGGCUGGAGGUUUUAGCAGUGCAGAAUCCAGUUACAUUGAAUACAACACUAGCCAGAGAAUUAUUCUUGGUAAAAUCAAUGUCCAUUUGGUUCCACAUUCACAUGAUGAUGUUGGUUGGCUCAAGACUGUUGAUCAGUAUUACUUUGGGGGCAACAACUCUAUUCGGGGAGCUUGUGUUCAGAACGUCUUGGAUUCUGUCAUUUCAGCUUUAUUAGAGGAUAAAAAUAGAAAAUUCAUCUAUGUUGAGAUGGCUUUCUUUCAAAGGUGGUGGAGACAGCAGAGUAAUGCUAAGAAGAUUAAAGUUAAGGAGCUAGUCAACUCCGGUCAACUAGAGUUCAUAAAUGGCGGUAUGUGUAUGCAUGAUGAGGCAACCCCUCAUUACAUUGACUUGAUUGAUCAGACAACCUUAGGACACAAGUACAUCAAGGAUGAGUUUGAUCAGAUUCCUAGAGUUGGGUGGCAGAUCGAUCCUUUCGGGCAUUCUGCUGUGCAAGCUUAUUUGCUUGGUGCAGAGUUAGGGUUUGACUCUCUAUUUUUUGCCCGAAUUGAUUAUCAAGAUAGAGCUAAGCGCCUAAAGGAAAGGACUCUUGAGGUAGUAUGGCAGGGUUCUAAGUCCCUUGGUUCUUCCUCACAGAUAUUUACUGGCAUAUUCCCCCGGCAUUAUGAUCCUCCAGAUGGUUUCACAUUUGAGAUAAAUGAUGUGUCUCCUCCCAUUCAGGAUGAUGUACUCCUGUUUGACUAUAAUGUUCAAGAGCGGGUCAAUGACUUCGUAGCUGCUGCACUGGCACAGGCAAAUGUAACGAGGACAAAUCAUAUUAUGUGGUGUAUGGGGACAGAUUUCCGUUAUCAAUAUGCAAAUUCAUGGUUCAGACAGAUGGACAAGUUCAUUCAUUAUGUCAAUCAGGAUGGGCGGGUCAAUGCCUUAUACUCCACUCCUUCCAUCUAUACUGAUGCAAAAUAUGCAGCAAAUGAGCAGUGGCCGCUCAAGACUGAUGAUUUCUUUCCGUAUGCAGAUAAACCAAACGCAUAUUGGACGGGUUACUUUACAAGCCGGCCAGCCUUUAAAGGUUAUGUCAGAAUGCUGAGUGCUUACUAUCUGGCUGCUAGGCAGUUGGAAUUCUUUAAAGGUAGGAGUGCUUCAGGACCAACCAUAGAUGCAUUAGCUGAUGCUUUGGCAAUUGCUCAACAUCAUGAUGCAGUUAGUGGCACUCAAAGACAGCAUGUAGCUGCUGACUAUGCAUUACGAUUGUCAAUGGGAUACAAUGAGGCUGAGAAUCUGGUUGCCUCUUCACUUGCCUUCUUGGCAGAGUCGAGGUCAAGUAUUGGCCCAGGGAACAGUGUUACAAGUUUGCAGCAGUGUCCUUUACUUAAUAUAAGUUUUUGUCCUCCAUCAGAAGCUGCCUUGUCCAAUGGGAAAAACUUGGUUGUCAUUAUCUACAAUUCUCUAGGAUGGAAGAGAGAGGAAACUGUAAGAAUUCCCGUCUCCAGUGAAAGGGUUAUUGUCAGGGAUUCUGCAGGGAGAGAAAUUGAAUCACAACUUCUCCCUAUUUCAAAUUCCAUUUCACGCAUAACAAGUCAUUAUGUCAAAGCAUAUUUGGGAAGAAACCCAAGUGAAACAGUUAAAUAUUGGGUUUCUUUUUCAGUUUCAGUGCCUCCUCUUGGUUUCAGCACUUAUAUUAUAGCACCUACUAAAGAGACAGAAGGCCCUAGCUCUACAAUCUCAACUGUGCAUACUUAUGAAGCAAGUGAUAACAAUACCAUUGAAGUUGGCCAAGGAAGUUUAAAGCUUCUUUACUCAGCAGAUGAAGGAAAACUUAUGCGUUAUGUUAAUGCCAAAAAUUUGGUUACAGCCUUUGCUGAACAAUCCUAUGGUUAUUACUCUGGAAAUGAUGGAACUGAUAAAGAUCCUCAGGCUUCUGGGGCAUAUGUUUUUCGUCCAAAUGGUACAUUCUCCAUAAAAUCUGAAAACCAGACUCGAUUAACUGUUGUGCGGGGUCCCUUGUUGGAUGAAGUACAUCAACAGCUGAAUUCAUGGAUAUCUCAGGUUACCAGGGUGUACAAAGAAAAAGAGCAUGCUGAAGUUGAGUUCAGUAUUGGACCUAUUCCUGUGAACGAUGGGAUAGGUAAAGAAAUCAUUACUCAAAUUACAACAACAAUGAAUACCAACAAAACUUUCUAUACUGAUUCUAAUGGGCGUGACUUCAUUAAACGGGUUCGAGAUUUUAGGAAAGACUGGGAACUUCAAGUGAACCAACCAAUUGCUGGAAAUUACUACCCAAUUAAUCUUGGAAUCUACGUUCAAGACAAUAGCACAGAGCUCUCAGUGUUGGUGGAUCGUUCAGUAGGGGGGUCCAGCUUAGCUGAUGGCCAAAUUGAGCUUAUGCUUCACAGGAGGUUGAUUCACGAUGAUAUCAGAGGUGUUGGUGAAGUAUUAAAUGAAACAGUUUGUGUCCCAGAAGGAUGUGAUGGUUUAACUAUUGUAGGGAAAUUUUACCUCCGAAUUGAUCACAUAGGAGAAGGGGCAAAGUGGCGUCGCACGGUUGGCCAAGAGAUAUUUUCUCCACUUCUUUUAGCUUUCUCUGAACAGGAUGGCAAUGAUUGGACGAGCUCUCAUAUUCCAACAUUUUCAGGCAUCGAUCCCUCCUACUCAUUACCAGAUAACGUUGCCAUAAUAACUCUCCAGGAGAUGGAAAAUGGAAAAGUUCUCUUGCGACUGGCUCACUUAUACGAGACUGGGGAGGACAAGGACUAUUCGGUGAUGGCAAGUGUUGAACUGAAGAAGCUGUUCCCAAACAAGAAGAUAAAGAAAGUGACGGAGAUGAGUUUGUCUGCGAAUCAAGAAAGAGGUGAAAUGGAGAAGCGAAGGCUAGUUUGGAAUGUUGAAGGCAGGUCUGGUGGAGAGGAAUCAAAGGUGGUAAGGGGAGGAGCUGUUGAUCCUGCUAAGCUGCUGGUUGAGCUUGCUCCAAUGGAGAUCCGAACUUUCCUUAUUGAUGUAGAUUACAUCCAAAUGUUGGGUGGUUGAGGCUUGAAAGAGAUACUAAAACACUGCUUUUGUAUGUAGUAUGUACUAGAAGUCUAGAAGUACUGAACGUGUAAUGUUAUUGUAUUCACAUAACGUGUAAUGCUACUAUGCACUAAAAAGGAUAAUAAAUGAAUAAAUUAUUUGUAAAUCUGAUUAAAUA